AUGACUAACGAUUCAGUUGUACCAGCAAGCAAAAAACCAAUCAUAGCCCUCGAUUGUGAUGGCGUUCUCUUAGAUUAUCAUUCACAAUUCGCACACAUUUACGAGAAGACAUUCGGAACGAAGCCAGCCAUUGUUUCACCAAAAGCAUUUCAUGCUCGUACAGCAUAUGGCGUCAAUUUUACUUCUGAAGAAAAGGACCAAUUCGAACAAGUAUGGCGUGAACACGGUUGGAGAACAAUGCCCACACACGAUGGAGCAGUUAAAGCGUGUCACUUAUUGCAUGAAGCUGGUUACGAAUUAGUUUGUGUGACAGCCAUGCCGGCUCGUCAUAUCGAACAUCGUUUAGAAAACUUUCGUUCGCAUGGCUUUCCGAUUGACAAAAUUAUAAGUACUAGUUUUGAUCCCAACAAUGAAAAUCAUAAUCCCAAACGACAAGUCAUUGAAGAUUUACAUCCCGUGGCUUUCGUCGAUGAUUUCAGACGAAAUUUCCGAGAUAUUGCAGGUGUUCAUACAAAGCUCGUCUUCAUUGACCAUGAAUACGAGGGUGAUCCAAGUCAACACCAUGACAUUUAUUAUGACGCGAAAUAUCCGUCUCUUUUAAGCUUCGUAGAAGAUUUCCUUUGUACGGAAGAACAUGGAAACAGUAUUAUUUGGCCAGAAAGACCAUCGCAUCUCAUACCUUCGUCUUAA